GUCAGUUUAUAUACACUCCGGGUUCAACCCACAGUUCGGGUUGAGUUGGGUUGUUUGAGUAAUGUUACAACCCGCCGGGUAACCCAUCGAGGGUUGAACCUCCAACCCAACCCAACCCGACCCAACAAGGUUGAACUGGACAUCAUGAAAGGAACCAUCCCGACCGAGCUUGCAAGAUCCUCAAGCAGAACAAUAAUCCGCUAUUAUCAUUAUACAGAAAAUACCGAGCCCCGAACUAAAUUCCGACAAAAAGAAGAAACGAAAAGAAAGUAAAAAUGCUUCUAAGACGGAUAUUCCAUACUCCGGAUUCCAUGUGGCCCAAAUUCAUCCUCAUCACCAACCAAACUCACCUCCUAUCCUGCAAUUUUAACCCCCACCACCCCCCCAGGACAUUCAAGGUGAUCUUUGUCUGUAUUUCUCUCCUCCUUACCAUGGCUUUCUCCCUCGCUGCAUCCGUCCCAGAUAAGAUAGUUGGUGGGAGUAUGAUUCGGUGGGAUUCAACUGCAAUGCAUACAAUCAGUGUUCACAAGGCCCAAUAUAUCACUAUCAUAGCGAUAAUAAGGGAUCAGCAUCUCCGACACACAAUACAAAGUAAAUAUAUCCUACAACGAUAUCAUUUGCCCAUGCCAACGGGCAAAAAAAAGAACGGUUAACAACACAGAGAAAACGGAGCCCCACACUAUCCGAGCAAUGGAUAUAUGGAAGGUAAGGAAAAAAAAAAAACAAAAAAUGGAGCUGCGGGGAA